AUGACCCGACCUCUUGCCACGAGUCCGAUUUGGAACUAUAUUCGGCGUCGCGACUUCAGCGGCAAUGGCAAGGGCCAAAGUCGGCUUACUGUCAUUGUCGACGCAAAUGAUCUUCGGGCCGAAGCAUUCACAGCGGGCCUUGUCUCGUCUUUUGCCAAAGAUAGCUUGUUGGGAGAGCGAUGCUCGGGCUCCAAUCUCCCGAAAGCUAUUAAGAAAGGACUGAAUAGUGCUCGCGAGCUUGUGUCCGAGGGAUUUUGCGCGGAACCAAACGAAACCCCGCAUUAUCCACUCUCUCAGAUUAUGAACGACCAAGGGGAGCACUAUAAAAUAGCGUCUGUCCUCAUUCCACUAGAGAAUUCUACAACAGACAGGUGGUCUAUAUUCCUCAAUGUAAUGGGUGACACAAUGGAGAUAGCUCGCUUUAUCGUUCAAAAUGGACCGGAUGAUGUGCUAAGUCAGGUCCAAACAGCGAGAUUUGGCAAGCUAUUAACUGCCGAUAGGCGCGAGAUGGAAGGGUUCCGAGCAAUCACGAACCUUGUUGAGGAAUAUAUAAGAGGCCAACAAAUAGAGCCCCUCUCUAUAGGUAUAUUUGGUCCGCCUGGAUCCGGAAAGUCAUUUGCUGUGACACAGGUGAUUGAGGGUGCGUCACAUACGGCCAAGAUUGAGGAACUCCCAUUCAACCUGUCUCAAUUCAACCAUUACUCCGACUUGCUCUCUUCGUUUCAGUUGAUUAGAGAUGAGACCCUCUCUGGCUCGCUGCCUAUGGCACUAUUUGACGAAUUUGAUGCUGAGUUUGAGUCCACGAGCCUCGGCUGGCUGCGAUACUUCCUCGCACCAAUGCAAGAUGGCAGAUUCCUGGACCACGGCCAGAUGCAUCAUCCGCUUGGCCGCUAUAUAUUUGUCUUCAUUGGAGGUACUUCCUCAAAAUUUGCUGAUUUCAUAGGUCCAGAGGGUGAGCAUCAGACCCAUUUUAAGCAGGCGAAAGGACCAGAUUUCGUUAGUCGGUUGCGAGGAUACGCCGAUUUCCACGGGUCUGACAAAAAUGGUGAUGAUGAUAAAAUGUACUCAAUCAGACGUGCUAUUCUACUGCGUGCAUUGCUGGAGAGGCGCAUGGUCAUGUCCAACAAUCAUCUCACUGUUUGA